AUGGAGAAGCUCUAUACAAUCAGCUGGAGACUCUACACAAGCUCUAUACAACACCUGAAGCUGAUCGUAGCUCAGAUCAGACGCAGGGAAAGAGGACGCCGCCUCUCCGCAGACGCCCCUCAUCAAAGCGACUCAAACCGCCGGCAGACCGGGGCGCCCGGCCCCAUCCCUGCCGCCUGGAGGCCGGGGAGCGCCGCUCACCUUGGAAAGUCCGGGAGGCCGCAGGCGAACCAGGCGCCCCCACGGGCCGGCGGGCGGGUGUCCUCGGCGCCAGCAGGAAGCGUGGCGCGGGCACCCCAGUCGCCGGCGCCGCAGGCUGUGGCGGGCAAGAGCGCGCCCGCGGCCCGCGCCGGGGCACCUCAGAGGCCCGCCGCGACCGCGCCGCGCCUCAGCCGUGCCGCAUCCGGGUCCCGCGCCGCUGCACUCACCUGCUCAGCGCUCCGCCGCCGCCGCCGCCCGCUCUCCGCUCCUGGUGCGCGUUCAGCAGACCAGGCCGCCGCAACCUUCCAGCUACGGCGUCCCCAUCCCCGUCUCUCUCAAUCGCCGACCGCCUGCCCCGCGCGGCGCUACACCAGCCCGCCGCCCACUGCCAUGGCAAGCUCCGCCGCCGCCGUACCGACCGACGGAGCACGCGCGCGCCGCCGCCGUGCCCGCGCGCGCGCGCGCUCGCCUUCCCUCCCCACCUCCCAGCAGCCCUCGCCCCGCCCCGUGCGCCGCUCCGGCCAAUCCCCGAUCUGCGGUCCGGGCCGGGCCGCGCCGGUCCCAGCUGGGAGGAGAGUUAGGCGGAACCCGCGCCUCUUUCUCCACGGCUGCCUGCCCUGUGGCGGUGGUGCUCUGUGGCAGUUCUCUUUGCGGCUCUGGGAGGACUUGGGAUCGGGAAUUCCCAGCAAGCUACUUUCAGGAGAGACCCAGCACCUGCCUCGACCUUCGAAGCUACCUCCGAGAGAUUCCUCUGUUCCUACGUUUACUUGCCGGCUUUCUCUUGUCAAUCGCUGGCCCCAGUUCUGCGACUUUGAACCGAUUGCUAGGUUCCUGGAGCCCUUGAGAGGACUAUACUUCCUCUCUCCCUUGAAGUUAGAUGGAAUCCUUACAGCUGAAUGGAGACAUGAGGCUUGCUUUGGCCAAUGAAAUAUGAGAAGUGGCAUCUGCUGCCUAUCAGUAGAAGCAUUUAAGACACAGAGUGUGUUUUUCUCCAGAUCCUCUCCUUUCCACAUGCAGAUGUAAAGGUACCACAAGAAAGGAUCAGUGCUGUGGAUCUUGGAGCUAACACUUGAAGGAUGGCUACCCUGCAAAGCUGACAGGAGCAGACUGGGUGUGAACCUUCGCCAUGUUCGACACUGUGAUUUAGAAGUUGUUUGUAAUUGCAGUAAACCUAGCAAACCUAUACCUUACUGAUACAAUCCCAAAUUUGAAAAACUCCUCAGAGGAAACACAUAACCCAAAGGAAAAACACUAAAAUAAUUCAGAAUUUACACAGACUUUCUUUCAUCUACAACUAUAUCUACAUCUCAUCCACAUUCACAGACCUUUAUUCAGUUAUAAAUUUCCAUAUCUAGCUUUUCAGAACUGCAUCUGACUUGCAGCUUCUGACUUUCAGUCUUAAACACUGAAGAAGAGUGUCUUUUUUUUUCAUUUUAUAAAAUUGAAUAGAAAACAUUUAUCAAGUGCCACUCUACUAUUAGCACCAAACUAAGUAUCUGAAUUCACUCAUUUAAUGUUCCUAACAGAGGAAAUGAAGGCCUAUUAUUAUAUUCAUUUUCCAGAUGAGGAAACUGAGGUUCAAGUGUACUUGUAUCUCCUACCAGAUUGUAAAUUCCUUGGAGGCUAAAAAUAAAAAAAAAUAAAAAAAUAAAAUUCCUUGGA